AUGAGCAUAUACAGUUUGGCUUUGUCCUGUUUGGUCGCGUGCGUUCUCUCCGUGCGCUGCAGCUCAGUGGCCGGCACAGAGACUCAGAGCUCGCCUCAGGAGUCGUGCGCGUCCUGCGGCCUCAGGGCUCCGGAUCAGUCGGAGCGGGUGAACAUAGACUUCUUAGAAGCGGUGAAGAGGCACAUACUGAACCGGCUGCAGAUGAGAGACAGACCCAACAUCACUCAUCCCAUCCCGAAGGCUGCGAUGGUGACAGCGCUGAGGAGGCUGCACGCUGGGAAAGUGCGUGAGGACGGCCGGGUGGAGAUCCCCAACUUUGACGGACAGGCUGCCUUCAACAACGAGGUUCAAGCUGAGAACUCGGAGAUUAUCAGCUUCGCCGAAUCAGAUGACCACAUAUCCCCCAAGACGGGUCUGUACUUCCUCAUCUCCAACGAAGGCAACCAGAACCUGUUCGUGUCCCAGGCAAACCUGUGGCUCUACUUCCGUGUGCUGCCUGGUCCUGAGAAAGGCCUCCGGAGGAAGGUGACGGUGAAGAUCCACUACCAGGAGGCCGGGGCUGCCGGUGGUGCAGAAGGAGGUCCAGGAGGCGGUGGUGGAGGGGGCACGGGUCGCUGGUCUCUGGUGGAGAAACGCGUGGACCUGAAACGCAGCGGCUGGCACACUUUCCCCCUCUCUGAGGCGAUUCGAGCCGUGUUUGGGAAAGGUAGCCGGCGGCAGGACCUGGAGAUCCAUUGCGAUGGCUGUGAGACAUCAGGUGUGUUGCCGGUGCUGGUGGACCCAAGCGACCCGUCCCACCGGCCCUUCCUGGUGGUGCGUGCGCGGCAGGUGGACGGAAAACACCGCAUUCGCAAGCGGGGGCUGGAGUGUGACGGUACCAGCGGGGGCCUGUGCUGCCGGCAGCAGUUUUACAUUGACUUCCGCCUUAUCGGCUGGAACGACUGGAUCAUUGCACCGGCUGGCUAUUACGGCAACUACUGCGAGGGCAGCUGCCCGGCCUACAUGGCAGGUGUGCCAGGCUCGGCUUCGUCCUUCCACACAGCAGUAGUUAACCAGUACCGCAUGAGAGGGAUGAGCCCGGGGUCGGUCAACUCCUGCUGCAUCCCCACCAAGCUCAGUACUAUGUCCAUGCUCUACUUUGAUGAUGAGUACAACAUCGUCAAGAGGGAUGUGCCCAACAUGAUCGUGGAGGAGUGUGGCUGUGCUUGA